AUGGCACCGGCCAACACUGCUUCUAGUGGUGGCAGCGACGAAGCGAGGUACCCGCUGAACGCGGAGUCGUACCGCCUGCUGUGCAAGAUCGGGAGCGGCGUGAGCGUGGUGGUGUACAUGGCCGUGUGCCUGCCACUGGGCUCGUCGGCGGUGGUGGCCAUCAAGGCGAUCGACCUAGAGCGGUCGCGCAUCGACCUCGACGGCGUGCAGCGGGAGGCGAAGGCCAUGACGCUGCUAUCCCACCGCAACGUGCUCCGCGCGCACUGCUCCUUCACCGUGGGGAGCCACCUGUGGGUGGUGAUGCCCUUCAUGGGCGCCGGCUCGUUGCACUCCAUACUGCGCCACGGGUUCCCCGGCGGCCUGCCGGAGCCGUGCGUGGCCGUCGUGCUCGCGGAGAUGCUCCGCGCGCUGUGCUACCUCCACGGGCGGGGCCGCAUCCACCGCGACAUCAAGGCGGUCAACAUCCUUGUGGACUCAGACGGCGCCGUCAAGCUCGCCGACUUCGGCGUAUCGGCGUCCAUCUAUGAGACCAUGCACGCGUCGGCGUCGGCGGCGAUGGCGGCGGCGCUGGGGCUCGGCUCGUCGGCGUCGUGCUACUUCAACGACAUGGCGGGCACGCCGUACUGGAUGGCCCCCGAGGAAGGCGCGGCGGAGGCGAUAGGGCUUAAGGAGCAGCAGCAAGUGGUGACUCGGCAGCGGAUGGCCGUCCUGGAGAGCCUGGAGAUGCAGAGGGACAUGGUGACGCACGUGUUGCAAAGCACUGCCGGCCGCUUCGAUGACGUCGACGUCGACGGCGGCAAUGGCGAUGCCUGUGGCGUGAACUCGAUAGCUCCAAGUGAGGAGGAGAAGGAAGAGAUACUGCUAGGGUACGUCCAACAGCUGGAGCACAGGGUGGAAGACCUGAGGAAGGAGGUCGAGGAGGAGGUGGCAUGGAACGCCCCGCUGGAGAAGAUGCUGCAAGAGAGGGUUAUCAUUAGCGACGAUGAGAAGAAGAUAAACUCAUCUCAUAUGUCGGCUGGGUACAGUUAG